AUGACGAUUCUCCAUGCGUUGAUGUGUGUCAUGCAAGUGCCAGCCAAGUUUCCAUGUCCAUUGACUUUAUCCUACCAUGAAGAUUUGAUCGAUGUGCUUCGCGAAGAUGAAGAUUUUGACUGUGCAAUUUGUUAUUGUCCACCAACUGAUGCUGUGAUCACAAUAUGUAAACAUGUAAUUUGCAAAAGAUGCAUUCGGACUUGCCUGCAGAGAACCAGAACCAGCUGCCCAAUUUGUCGUGGUCGUCUUUCUAUGUCUGACCUGUUCUCAGCUCCUCUUGAAUCUUCCGAUCCUGAAGAUCCUAGAAAAUCUACAGCAAUAAUUCCUUCCAAAGUCUCAACUCUCAUAAAACUCCUGAAGGAAUCUAUGGAUGGGAGACCAGCCAGUAAAUCAGUGGUUUUUACAAUAUUCCAGAAGAUGUUGGUACUACUUGAAGCGCCACUGAAAGACGCUGGCUUCAAUGUAUUGCGGUUGGAUGCAUUAACAGAUGCUAGAAGGAGAGGUGGAAUAAUCAAGAAAUUUCGAUCAGCAGGACAAAACACAGUUCUGCUUGCGAACGUUAAAGUUUCAGGAGCCGGCAUAAACCUCACAGCUGCUUCCAAAGUCUACUUCAUGGAGCCGUGGAGGAACUCAGAAUUUGAGGAACAGGCAAUAGACCGUGUUCACCAAUAUGGACAGGAGAAGAAUGUAAUAAUUGUUAGAUUGAUUGUUCAAGAUAGCAUUGAAGAAAGGAUAUUGAUGAUGCAGGAAAGGAAGAAACAGGCAAUUGAAGCUUUCGGAAUGCGGGGACCCAAGGAACGACGCGAGGUUAGCUUAGAAGACCUCUGUAGCCUCUUAUCCUUGGAAUAACAUUCCCAUGUGCAUGCCUGCACCUGGUCAAACUUGAUAUUAAGUUCUCAAGGCGGUAGAAGAGGGCCAACUUUAAUGGUUUUAAGGGUUUGUUUGGGGCGUAUAUACAACUUAAUGUUCAUAUAGCGCACAGGAGCAAUGCAUACUUCCUUGUUAGAGUGUCAGAUAUUUGGAUCCAUCAACAGUUUUUGUAACGGUUUUAGUUUUUCUCUUCUUUGCUUA